AUGAUCGGAGAUCGACAACAUCAUUGGAUGCGGUUCUAUAACGUCGACUACGCCAAGGACUGCAUUCUCCUACCGCCGUUCAGCCCUGAAGUCCAAUCUUUUCGUGACCACGGUUACAUGCUUCGUCCACUCUUCAGGGCUCUAUUUCUCGUCUUUGACCAUCUCUCACUCUCUGAGACUCCCGACCUAUGUCUACAGGCGGGCAAUUAUACGCAAUGUAUUCAGCAGAUUCUCAGCCAUGAGGUUUCAAACUAUCCCGUAUUACUAGUAAAGACAGGGCUUAAAGAAGAUUUCUCUUCUUCUAUUAAAUUUCUUUCUCUCUUUAAUGCAGGUCUGGCUAUGAAUGUCGAUCGUCAAAACUAUUAUAAGGGGCUUGAGCCGUCGGUGGUUAGGGUAAGACUAGACACUGCGAUUCAGUUCAUUUGGGACCUUCUGCAAAUGGAACAGAACGACUGUGACUACCAGGCGUGGGUUAGCAAUGCUGUUACUCUCUGUCAGCAGGUUGGUCUUGAAGGCCAAGGGGAUUCUUGGCUCGCUAUUCGAAGGUCAUUGGCUAGAAAGGAGAAUGAGUCCUUUGACCUUGACCAACUCAGUCCAUACACCGAAUCGCAGGAAAAGUGGUAA